UCCCCGGAGGGACCCCGCUGGAGAUGCAGGCUGAGGUCCCCGACGCCGGGGUGAGGGCCUGGGUUUCCCGUCCCUAGUCGUGGGGGCUGCGCAGGGUGAGUCAAGGACUCAACUCAGUAGGGCCGUCCUUCCCUUCAGCCCCGUCCUUGCGCGGAACCAGUGGCCUUUGACACCUCCUUGUUCCCCAGUCUAACCCCAAAAAAGAAAUGAAGUAAGAAGAGGUUUUGUAGCCCUCGGAGAAGUGACCCCACUCAAGUCGUCAAGAAACGCGGGGUGAACAGUGCCGAGCCGGACUCCCGGGAGUGACAGUAACAGACGUCUCUGACUUGACGUGGCUCUUAGACAUGAUCAGGGUGUACACCUCUUUUCGGGAUCAGAUGAAAAAGGAGAACUAAGCUCUUGCACACUAGUCACCUAACAAGCAUUUAUCGAGCACCUGCCAUGUGCCAGGACCAGGAUGUUAUUGCGAGUGAGAUGUGGCCUCUGGAGUCAGAAUCAGAGUUAGGAAGCCAAGCUGUGGCCACUUACAAGUCACAUUCUCUCUGCGUGUUUACUUAUCUGAAAAGUGAGAAUAAAUGGCUUUAAGUGUCAUUGUAUGUCCGAAUCUCAUCAGAGACAACUAUUGCUGGCUUCAGAAAAUCCUCAGCAGUUUAUGGAUUAUUUUUCAGAGGAAUUCCGAAAUGACUUUCUAGAACUUCUCAGGAGACGCUUUGGAACCAAGAGGGUUCACAACAACAUCGUUUACAAUGAGUACAUCAGCCACCGAGAGCACAUCCACAUGAACGCCACUCAGUGGGAGACGCUGACAGACUUUACUAAGUGGCUGGGCAGAGAAGGCUUGUGCAAAGUGGACGAAACACCAAAAGGCUGGUAUAUUCAGUAUAUAGAUAGGGACCCUGAGACGAUCCGCCGGCAGCUGGAACUAGAGAAGAAGAAGAAGCAGGACCUUGAUGAUGAAGAAAAAACUGCGAAAUUUAUUCAAGAACAAGUGAGAAGAGGUCUGGAGGGGAGAGAGCAGGAAGUCCCUGUUUUUACGGAAUUAAGCAGAGAAAAUGAUGAAGAAAAAGUUACAUUUAAUUUGAAUAAAGGAGCAUGUAGUUCAGGAGGAGCAUCUUCCAAAUCAAGUUCUUUGGGACCAAGUGCUCUGAAGACAAUAGGGAACGCAGCAUCGGUGAAACGGAAGGAAUCUUCCCAGAGCUCAGCUCAGUCAAAAGAAAAGAAGAAGAAGAAAUCUGCACUCGAUGAAAUCAUGGAGAUUGAAGAGGAGAAGAAAAGAGCUGCCCGAACAGAUUACUGGCUCCAGCCUGAAAUUGUAGUGAAAAUUAUAACCAAAAAACUUGGAGAGAAAUAUCAUAAGAAAAAGGGGAUUGUUAAGGAAGUAAUUGACAAUUACACAGCUGUCGUGAAGAUGAUUGAUUCUGGAGACAAGCUGAAACUUGACCAGACUCAUUUAGAAACAGUAAUUCCAGCACCAGGAAAAAGAAUUCUCGUUUUAAAUGGAGGCUACAGAGGAAAUGAAGGUACCCUAGAAUCCAUCAAUGAGAAGACUUUUUCAGCUACUAUAGUCAUUGAAACCGGCCCUUUAAAAGGACGCAGAGUUGAAGGAAUUCAAUACGAAGACAUUUCUAAACUUGCCUGAGUUUGAAAACUUGUUAACAGCACAUUAAAAUCUUAAAGCAUCAAAUUGGUGUUCACGAAGGCAUUACAAGACUCUACUGUGUUAGGGUGUUUCUUUUGUAUGAAACAAAAGGAUUUAUUUAAAUAUUACUGUAUAGUUUAGCUAAACUUAUAGAAAAAUCUAAUUAUAUCUCAUGAAGUAUCAAAAUUAUGUAAUUUUGUCUUUGUUAUUUUUUUUUCCUUUGUAAUAUUUCCUUGAUGAUUUUUUAUCUUCAUUAAAAGAACAUUAUUGUGAAGUGUUUUAUAUAGGACAAUUUAGAAUCAUAUCGUUAGAGGAAAUCCUUCAUAUACUCUAAAUUUCUAUUUUCAUCAGUAAAGUAGUAAAGUUGGACUAUAAAUAUAAUUGCAUUUUAAAGAGUCAAACUAUAAAUAGAAUAGCAGCUUUAUUGAGAUAUAAUUCACACACCAUACAAUUUCACCCAUUUAAAGUGGACAUUUCAGUGGUUUUUAGAAUACUUACAAAGUUGUGCAAGCACCACCACUAUCUAAUUUGAAACAUUUUCAUCACCCC